AGCGAUCUAAGUGUUGUGUUCUCUAUUCUAUAACCUUUAAGUGUUAAAAUCCUUCUCUUUCACAGGUGACCUGGCCUGGCCCAGCCAGAAAUCCUCAUAACUUUACUGUUUCUCCUUUUAAUCCUUUCCUCCACCUCCAGGAUACAGAUGGGCCAAUCUCAAAGCACUCCCCUUUCUCUCCUCGUUGCUAACUUCAGGGAUGUUAGAACCAGAGGACAGAAUUUGAGUUUAGACAUCCAGCGGGGAAAAUUAAUAACCCUCUGCCGCUCCGAAUGGCCAACCUUUGGCGUUGGAUGGCCAACCGAAGGAACUUUCUGCCUCCCUAUAAUUGCUAAGCCCACCUGGGACGACUGUCAGCAGCUCCUCCGCAUCCUGUUCACUACAGAGGAGCGAGAGAGGAUCCAAUUAGAAGCAAGAAAGCUGGUUCCCGGAGACGACGGUCGGCCGACAUCUAACCCUGACCUCAUUAAUGCGGCUUUCCCCCUAACCAGACCUCCACAGGACGAAUGGGACUACAACACGACAGAAGCUGCCGAGACACCCGAAGCCUGCAUCCAGGGAACCGAAGGUCUCCUGCGAACUCUGGCAACCUUAGGCUACCGCGUCUCAGCAAAGAAGGCUCAGAUCUGCAAGUCAGAGGUAACUUACCUGGGUUACUUACUGAGAGGGGGGCAACACUGGCUAACGGAUGCCUGGAAGGAGACUGUCCUUCGUAUUCCCAGGCCGCAGACACCCCGACAGGUGAGGGAAUUCCUAGGGUCGGCUGGGUUCUGCAGACGAUGGAUACCAGGGUUUGCUGAAUUAGCAAAACCUUUAUACCAGGCAACAAAAGAUCAACAGCCCUUUAGUUGGAUGGAAGAAGCCCAACAGGCCUUCCAACGAAUCAAAACUGCUCUGCUAUCAGCACCUGCCCUGGGACUCCCCGAUGUCUCCAAACCCUUCCACCUAUAUGUAGAUGAAAACCGGGGCAUAGCCAAGGCGGUGCUAACCCAGCAUUUGGGCCCUUGGCGCAGGCCAGUAGCCUAUCUGUCUAAAAAGCUAGAUCCAGUGGCCGCCAGAUGGCCACCCUGUCUCCGGAUGAUUGCAGCCACUGCCCUAAUGGUAAAGGACGCUGAUAAGCUGACCAUGGGCCAAGAGCUACAAGUCACCACCCUGCAUGCCAUCGAGGGCAUCCUCAAGCAGCCGCCUGACUGAUGGCUGAGCAAUGCCCAACUCAUUCAUUACCAGGGACUGCUGUUGAACCCCCUCAGGGUCAUCUUCACCCCCCCAACGGCCCUGAACCCAGCAUCACUGCUGCCAGACGCAGACAUGGGAACCCCACUUCAUGACUGCGCCGACAUACUGGCUCAAGUUUAUGGGGUCCGGGAGGACUUGCAGGCACCAUUAUUGGAUGCAGACGCCAUCUGUUUUACCGACGGAAGCAGCUUCGUUCACCAAGGACAAAGGUAUGCGGGGGUGGCAGUAACUUCAGAAACCGAGGUGAUUUGGGCAGAAGCCCUACCCCCCGGAACCUCAGCCCAGAAGGCUGAACUAAUAGCCUUAACCCAGGCCCUAAAAUUAGGGAGAGACCACAAGCCAACCGUGUACACUGAUAGUCGAUAUGCCUUUGCCACCGCUCAUGCACAUGGGGUGAUAUACAGAGAACGGGGGCUCCUCACAGCUGAAGGGAAAGACAUCAAAAAUAAAGAAGAGAUUCUAGCCCUGCUAGCAGCCUUAUGGGAACCCAAAAAGCUAGCGAUUGUGCAUUGCCCAGGACACCAGAAGACAACCGACCCAGUUUCCCGGGGCAACAAUUUGGCCGAUCAGACUGCAAAAAACAUAGCUCGGCCCCCAGCGCAAUUGCUGACCGUACAGCUGCCAGACCCCGGACCCCGGGAAUUGCCCCCCAGCCCUGAGUAUUCAGAAAGCGACAUUCAAUGGAUGAGUAAACUUCCUAUGACCCGAAUCAAAGAUGGCUGGUGGAGAGACUCCAAAAGCAGCAGUAUACUCCCAGAUAAACUAGGAUGGCAAGUUCUAGAGUGGAUCCAUCGCAGCACCCACUUAGGUUCCUGGUGAAUGUUGGACUUACUGAGACAGACUGGACUAAAAAUCAGAAAUGUCUCUGAUAAGGUCGAUCAAGUAGUCACUAAAUGUACAGUGUGCCAACUCAACAAUGCGAGUAGCAAUCCUCAGACAACAGGGGUAAGACAAAGAGGGAGCAGACCGGGUACCUAUUGGGAAGUAGAUUUCACUGAGGUAAAACCAGGAAAAUAUGGAUAUAAGUAUUUGCUAGUUUUUGUAGAUACCUUUUCAGGAUGGACUGAAGCCUUUCCAACCAAGAAUGAAAUGGCGCAGAUUGUAACCAAAAAGAUCCUGGAAGAAAUCCUGCCCAGGUAUGGUUUUCCAGUAAUGAUAGGGUCAGACAAUGGACCUGCAUUCGUCUCUAAAGUAAGUCAGGGACUGGCUUCCAUACUUGGGGCUGAUUGGAAAUUACAUUGUGCAUACCAACCCCAAAGCUCAGGACAGGUAGAGAGAAUGAACAGAACAUUAAAGGAGACCCUAACCAAAUCGACCAUGGAGACUGGCGCUAAUUGGGUGGUCCUUCUCCCCUACGCUCUGUUCAGGGUGCGUAAUUCCCCAUACAAACUGGGACUCACACCCAAUGAAAUAAUACAUGGUAGACCACCCCCCAUCAUCCCUAACCUAACAGAUAACCUUGUCAAAGCUGAGAACGAUAAUAGUCUUGAAUUCUUGUUCUCCCUACAAGCCUUGCAGAGGGUCCAUGAAGAUGUAUGGCCCAAAUUAAAGGAACUCUAUGAGACUGGACCCCCGCCUAUUCCACAUCAAUUCCGGCCAGGGGAUUGGGUCCUCAUCAAAUGUCAUCGGCAGGGAACUCUGGAGCCCAGGUGGAAAGGACCCUUCCAGGUCAUCCUGACAAUGCCUACUGCCAUCAAAGUAGACGGAAUCGCCACCUGGAUCCAUUUCGCCCACACCAAACCAGUGGACCCGUUCUCAGACCUCAUUGGACCUUCAAAGACAACCUGGACUGUUGAUCAGACUAAGGACAAUCCUGUAAAAUUGACCCUACGCCGCCAACGGACUGAGCUGUAUCUAUGGUACUUGCCCUCCUCUUGAUUGUUCUGCAAAUUCUGUCUGUAAAUCCAAACCCCCACAACCCCUAUAAUUUGACAUGGGAAAUUACUAAUUUAGAGACUCAUGAAGUCUACAACAAAACCCUAGGAACUGCCCCAUUAAAUACCUGGUGGCCAGAUUUAUAUUU